AGCAGGAAAAGCAAAAAAUAAAAAUACCCUGAAAAAGAGUUAAAGUAGCCUUACCUCCCCCCAUCGCUGUCUCUUACCUCUUUGUCUCUCUGUUUCUGUAUAAGCUACUGUGAAACUUCGUUAUCUGGGUUUUGCUUUAUUUUCUUUUUCUUACCUCUACAAGUUCAAAUCUUUAUUAACCCCUUUGUGCCUGUGGUACUCCUAUUUGUGCGUAUAUAAUCUCCCAUUCUCUUCUUUCUCUUCGCCCAUUUUUGAAUUCGAGCUGUGGACAUUUCAAACUCGUAAGCAAAGAUGGAAGAUUAUUACAAGAGGAGUUAUGUGCCAGCAUUUGGUAGCUGGGAUUGGAACAAUGAUCUCCCUUUCACUCAGUGUUUUGAGUCAGCGAGGCAGGCUGGGUUGCUUCGUUACAGUUACUCUGACGACCGUGAUCUAUAUGUGGCUGGUGAUUUGCACGAGAACGACGUCGUUGCACCUGCCGUCAUUGUUGUUCCUCGCCGCCGAAGAAAAGGACGUGAGGGCCAUGGGAAAGAAGAAAAACAGAGUAAAUGGGAUGUGAGUGACGACUGUGACGUGAAGGCACCACCAAGUCCCGCCCCCACCCCCAUUAUCAUGAGCAGGCCAAUACCUAAACCAGUUGAUGAAGAUUUGUACAAGAUUUCACCAGACCUUCUUUUUGCAAAGCCCACUAAGAAGAGGGGAGGAUUGGGUUUCCUUUCAAGCUGCUUGAUGCCAACUUGUGCUACUUGAAGCUUUCAGAAUAUUCUUCAGUUCUUCUUAUAGGAGUUCGCACUUAAUUUGCAGUUUGUACAUACGAGUGUGUGCAACCCCAAAGAAAAGUCGUUAAUUUAUAUGUUGUUCCUUUAUAUAUCUAUAUAUAUAAAUUAUGGAACAUUGUUAAUUGGCCCUGUAAUCACCCUUUAUGUUGACUAAUUAGGUGAUUAUUAUGGCUUGCGAGAGAGAGGUCUUGUUCGAUAUAAAGAUUGUUGUGAAAGAAGAAGAGAAAGGGUUGGUCCAUUUGGCCCACUA